GGGCCGGGCCCGCGCGUCCCGCGGGAGGCGGCCAUGUCUACCGGCGAGGCGGAGCGGCUGUCGGCGGACGCCGAUGGGGCCGCCGGGGACGAGGAGGAGGAGUGGCUCUAUGGCGAUGAAAAUGAAGCAGAGAGACCAGAGGAAGAAAAAUCUAGUGUUCCACCCCCACCUGGAAGUGAAGAGGAAGCUGCAGAAAAUGGCGUUGUGAAAACGAAGGUGGCAGAGGCUGAGGAUGACAGUGAUAGUGAUAGUGAUGAUGAUGAAGAUGAUGUUCAAGUCACCAUAGGGGAUAUUAAGACAGGAGCUCCACAGUUUAGUUAUGGAGCAGCACCUGUGAAUCUCAAUAUUAAGGCAGGAGGACGAGCUUAUGGAUCUUCUGGUGCAAAAGUUAAGGGACUGGAUCUAGAUGCACCAGGGAGUAUUAAUGGUGUGCCACUUCUGGAAGUAGAUUUAGAUUCUUUUGAAGAUAAACCUUGGAGAAAGCCAGGGGCUGAUCUCUCAGAUUACUUUAACUAUGGCUUCAAUGAAGAUACCUGGAAAGCUUACUGUGAAAAACAAAAGAGAAUACGAAUGGGUCUUGAAAUUUUGCCAGUUACCUCAACCACAAAUAAAAUCACGGCUGAAGACAAAGCUAUGGAACUAAGACCAAGUGCAGAGAUUCUCGAUGGCAGAUACCAUCUUUUAAAGGUACAGCAAGGCAGAACUGGAAAUUUGGAGAAAGAGUUGGCAGUACAGUCAACCAAGCCAGAUUUCACAUCUCCUCCUGCCUUAUUUAAAUCAGGAAUUCCAACAAACAGGCGGAUAUCUGGCACAAUAGAUGUGAUUGGGCAGAGCAUCACUAUCAGCAGGGUGGAAGGACGACGGCGUGCUAAUGAGAACAGCAACAUACAGGUUCUUUCAGAACGCUCUAAUCCUGAAGUAGACAGUUUUACCAAGCCACCUCCAUUUUUCCCUCCAGGAGCUCCACCUACUCACCUUCCACCACCUCCUUUCCUCCCACCCCCUCCAACUGUCAGUACUGCUCCACCUCUGAUUCCCCCACCAGGUAUACCAAUAACAGUGCCACCACCAGGUUUUCCACCACCACCUGGCGGUCCUCCACCUUCCCUCAUACCCACAAUAGACAGUGGGCAUUCUUCUGGCUAUGAUGGUCGUCCUGUUCGUGCAUUUUCGUAUGGCAGUGUCACUUUUCCACACCCUGCCGGUUCUGCACCCUCGUGGUCCAGUCUUCUGGACACCAGCAAACAGUGGGAUUACUAUGCACGAAGAGAGAAAGAUAGGGAACGUGAGAGAGAGAGAUCCCGAGAUCGGGAUCGCGACCGGGACCGGGACCGAGACAGAGAUCGGGACCGUACCAGAGACAGGGAGAGGGACCGAGAUCACAGUCCGUCUUCAAGUGCGUUCAACAGUGAUGAAGAACGCUACAGAUACAGAGACUAUGCAGAGAGGGGCUACGACCGCCAUAGGACAAGCAGAGAGAAAGAAGACAGACACAGAGACAGGAGGCACAGAGAGAAAGAAGAGACUCGACACAAGUCAUCUCGAAGUAACAGCCGACGUCGUCACGACAGUGAAGAAGGGGAUAGCCACAGAAGGCACAAACACAAGAAGUCCAAAAGAAGCAAAGAAGGAAAAGAAGCCAGUGGUGAACCUGCUCCUGAACAGGAAAACACUGAAGCUGCCCCUGUGGAAUAGGCUUGUGUGAUUUUUUUUGCCUACUUGCAUAUAUAUUAGUGCCAGAAAUAGAUUACUAUAAAUCUUGUUAUUUUUCUGGGAAUUAUAAUAAUUUGCUCUUAAUCUUGUUCUGUUAGUUUGAAAUCAAAGGUUACUUUGGUUUUUUUUUGAAAAUAAAAGAACGAAUUUUUCAUGUUAA